AUGUGUUUCUGGAGCUACUCCCACCACCACCACCUCCCACCCUGCACGCGGCCAAUCGAGAUCAUCAUCAACUACGAGUACUGCCAAUGGGCCAUGGCCGACCCAAUCACGGGCGAGAGGCAGCCGUGCGACCGCGCCUUCUGUGGCGACAACGCUUCGCCGAUGAACCAGGUGGACUACAACGAUCCAUGCGCAACCGGCGGCUGCCUAAUCUCCCCCGACUGCGAGUCGGGCGGGUGCCGGCUGGCGCAGCUCGGCGGGCGCUGGGCGUGCUGCCAGUGCGGGGGGCGGGCCAACGAGCACCGCUGGUGCCAGCACCGGCUGCGGACCAGCCCGGACACCUUCUGCUACCACACCUGUUGCGAAGGGUGCAGGGCCGACCCGGGGAGUGGGGCGGCGGCUUCUUCUUCUGCUUCCGCUCGGAGGAGUCGGAGGUGA